CACAAUGAGAACCAGCGAAGAAGAAAGUCACAGUCACCUCGUCGGGACGUCAGAAGACGAGGAGGAGGUUGUGUGAAUAUUUCAAACAUGACAAGCUGACGACUAAUUGUUGGCGGCGAGGAAGUAACCCAGCUCUUAGUUCCGUGUAACACCUGUUGACCGUAUUGGCUUUCAAUGGAGUCCACUCCGGUGUUGAAGGAGAAGUUUUUCAUCGUAAUACGCGGGAAGUCGAGGAAAGGCUUCUGCCGGGGUUGCAUCGGCCGGGUGGAGGCGGAGACGCACGGCGGGGAGCUGAUGGGGCUCCUGUACUGCGGGGGUUCUAACGGCGGGACCCCCAAGAAGGGCGGCCUGGUUCGGAGCGAGGACACCUACCCUCUGAGCCGCUACCAGGCCCAGCUUCUGCUCUUCAUCUCCUCCGUCGGCAAACGCCUGGAGCUGCUGUGCAACCCUCAGCUCUUCUUGGCCAUCUGCGAGCUGACCGUGGAUGAUCUGGUGGUGGUGAAGAGCAAGAAGGGUCACAAGCCGGGCUUGGUGAAGAACCUGAUGCAGAUCGGGAAGAAGGAGAACAAAGAUGAUCUGCAAAUGUUGGCCUUCGAGGUGGAAUUUGUGGACGGCGAUCAGAACUUAUCAUCUAAAAAGCCAGCUCCUCCAACCCUGUUCAGCGCUGCAGACAUCAUCCAGGUGGUCCCAUCUUACUCUGUCCCACUCGGAUUAAACCUGGGAGGCGGCCAACAUCACGGAACAAACAAAAAAACGGUGGCACGCAUCAACUCCAUGCCAAAUAUCGGCUCCAAUGGACGGAUGAAAGCAACCCACGCGCAGCGGAGCGUCAUUCCCAGUCAGAAUAACAGCACGUCGCGUGCACCUCUGGAAGUGGCGUCCUUGGUGGAGGUGGUGUCCAACACGGGGGUCACGGUGUACGGUGUCGUGAGAUGGCUUGGCGUCCCCGCGGGAAAGACUGCGGAGUGGGCAGGCAUCGAACUGGACUAUGACGUGAACGGCUGCUCUGAUGGGAUAUAUGGAGGCCAGCGACUGUUCACCUGCAAAAAAAACAGAGCUCUGUUUGUCCCCGUCACCAAAUGCAGCCCUGAUGGCAGGUUUUCCUUCUCUUCGACAGCAAGCGACGCCGCCAGUCAAAUUGAAAUACCUACAGUACCUCCAUACGUGGACUCUGACGAAUAUGUGGCACCCAUUCCCGAAUCAGAGGUCACGACUUUGUUGGUGGGAAGAAUGAAAGGGAUUCAGGGUCACAUCAACUCCUGUUAUCUGGAUGCCACACUCUUCAGUUUGUUCAGCUCCUCCGUGACCCUGGAUAAUAUCUGCCAGAAGCCUGCUGACACGGCGCAGCCCAUUACUUCCACGCUGAGAAAAAUAGUCAACCGUUUACGCAGACAAGGAUUUGUGCCUGCUGCAAAUGUGAUGAAUUUCCGCAAUCAGCUUGGCUGUGACACAUUUCGAACAGAGGAAAAAGAUCCAGAGGAGUUCAUCACAGUUCUCUUCCAGAAGGUUCUUGGCAUUGAGCCGCUGCUUAAACUCCGGUCAAGAGGUGAAAGUUACCAGGGGGCGUACACUUUCCAGAUCUUUCUGGAGAAAGAGCAGAUGGCGCACAUACCCACCGUUCAGCAGUUGAUGGACACUUCCUGUCUGUCAUGUGACGUCAAGUUUGAAGAGAUGCCGUCAUGUCUGAUAGUUCAGAUGCCAAGAUUUGGAAAGAAAUAUAAAAUGUUUUCUCACAUCAUUCCCUCCAUGGAGUUGGACAUCACAGAUCUUCUGUACAACUCUCCUCGACAGUGUUUCAUCUGCGGCCAAUUGGCAGAGCACGAGUGUCUCCAGUGUCUGCCAGAUCAUAAACUACACCAAGGGAGAAUCAAACAGUACUGCGCCACCUGCAACACGCAGGUGCACACUCAUCCCUCAAGACAAGGGCAUUCGCCAAAGCCUCUGUCGGUUCCAGCUGACGUAGCCGCGGCUUCCCCUGCACCCCGGCACACGAUGCAGCUGUUUGCCGUGCUCUGCAUUCACACCAGCCACUAUGUGUCCUUUGUUAAAUUUGGCUCGGACCCGCACUCGUGGCUCUUCUUUGACAGCAUGGCGGACCGAUAUGGUGACGACCAAAGGGGCUUCAACAUCCCCGAGAUCCGAUCGUGUCCGGAGCUGGGUAACUUUUUGUCCCAGUCGGAGGAGGAGCAGGCCCGGACCGAUCCUUCAUAUGCUCCUGAACUCGUGCGCCGGCUGCUGUGCGACUCCUACAUGUUUUUAUACCAGAACCCGGCAGGGCCUCGUUCCAAUUCAAACCAUCGUUGAGGACAAGGACACUAUGUUCUUGCAGCAGUGCCUUCAUAAUAGCUUUGCACUUUAUCAACCAGAAUUUGUUUAUUGUGUCCAAACAGCAGUGAUGGGAAUCUGUGUGUUGACAUAAAAAAAAAAAACUGUAUGGCGGCUCACUUUUAAUUUUGACAGUAAAGUGAGCAGUAAAACAAUCGCUUUAAAACUGGAAAUGUUUUUAUUACCUGUCAUUUACUGUUGCUUUUUGUCAUUGUUUCCCCUUUUAUGUAAUAAAUUGAAGUAAUCUUCUGG